CUUCUUCUGCUGGCCUUGGACCGUAAUUCGUCGUUUGUUCGCCUACAAGAUCUGCCUGACGUUUUCCUCGCAGUGUCCGAAAAUCCCGUGGGCAAAGAAUUCAUGUUCAAUUUCCUCCUGGAACGGUGGGAGGACAUUCUCAAAAGCUUGCCAACGGAACACAGAGCGAUCGAGAAAGUAAUCAAAUACUGCAGCGCAGGCAUUCGAUCAGAGCAACAGAUAGAUCAGCUGAGGAAUCUACAGAAGAAUGGUCGACAUGGUCGAGAUUUCCGUGCAUUUGACGAGGAAAUCGAGCGAGAAGGACAGAAGAUCAAAUGGAUCAAGAAGCAUUUUAAGAAACUAUCAGAGUUUUUC